CCUUGGUAAUGAGUACUGUGGCAGAAAAGCUGUGCUUGUAAACCAGCAAUGACACGAAAGCAGGCAACAGCUUCAUCUCAUGCUCGUUUCAAGCUGUUUCAGGUUUACUGGUUUUAUUCUCAGUAGGCUGGGGGUUGUGCUGUCUGACACAGUGGCGAUUCCCUCAGAUUCCUUCCUCAUUCUAGCCUGCCUUUAUGCUGAAAGGUUUUGAUUACACAGUUGUGAAUUCAUACUGCAUUGUGAGCAACAGGGUUACAUCGAUUUAGCUGGCUAGAUUGAUUCUUCACCACAUUUAUUGCUGGCCUAAUUAAUUCCUGACUUUUGCUUUUCCCCACCAGGUGGUGAGAAUCAUAUUUAGCAACUUGGUUGAACUGAAUCUCAAGGUAAUCUACUAAGCAAUUUUCUGUCUGUGGAUUUUAAAUGCUAACCCUCGGAGCUGCUAGAGAAAGGAGGCUGCAAUGGUUUUAAUUUGUCAGACGGAAAGACUGAAUGGAAUACCUGUGUAAAUAGCAUUCGGUUUCCUGCAGUGGAACUAUUACAGCUGGUAACACUGACUGUGUCAAGACAAGUGAUUCACAAUCAUAGUUACAAACUUCAAGGAAUUUAUGGUGAAAGGGUACCUGUAUGUAGCCUACAUUUGUCUGAUUCUGGGGAGGAGGUGUUCAGCAUGUGACUAAACUUUACAGAUCGACAGAAGCAUGCAAAUCUGCGUCUGUGGAUAUUGAAUUGUCCAUGUUUUAAGACAUAAGUGAGUGACACGCAUGAAAAGAACAAACCCAGCAAAAAACAGAAUUAAAUUACGUAAUAGCCCUGCUUUGAUGAGUGAAGCCAUCUUUGCAGUCUUGACAAUACUCUUGCUUUGACCCUGGCAGUGUCAUCAUGGAGUGGUACUGUGUGCUGGUUCAAUCAGUCAUGGUUUUACAUGAAUAUGCAGCUGCUGAUGAGACGACUUCAGGAUAUUCCACAGCAUCAAACAAUACAGACGGGACUCCACCUCAAGGUUCACAUGUGCUUGCACCAGUUCUGGUCAUGCUGGUACUUGUCAUUGUCUCCAUUUUUCUGGCCAUCUACUUUUUCAGGUUCAGAAACCAGGGGAAAGUGGUUGUCAACUCUAGUGACAAGAAGGUGCCAAAUGGAAUUUUAGAAGAGCAAGAACAGACGGUGAUGCUCCUUAACAGAUCGCCCACGGUUCCUAUGAAGUACCUGUCCAUUCCUGUAGAACAUCUUGAAGAAGAGAUAAGGACACGCUCUGCUGAUGAUGGCAAACUCUUCCGGGAUGAGUUCAACGCAUUACCUUCUGGAUUCCUACAAGGCACUUUUGAAGCAGCAAAUCAAGAAGAGAACAAAGAGAAGAAUCGAUAUCCAAACAUCUUGCCAUAUGACCAGACCAGGGUGGUUUUGACACCAGUAGAUGGAGUUCCAGGCUCAGACUACAUAAACGCUUCUUACAUUGAUGGAUACAAAGAAAAGAACAAAUUCAUUGCAGCACAAGGACCCAAACCGGAAACAGCUAAUGACUUCUGGAAGAUGAUAUGGGAACAGAAAUCUGCGACGAUUGUUAUGCUAACCAACCUGAAAGAAAGAAAUGAGGAGAAAUGUUUCCAGUAUUGGCCUGACCAGGGCUGUUGGACCUAUGGGAACAUUCGGGUCUCUGUGGAUGAUGUGACAGUUCUUGUGGACUACACUGUUCGGAAGUUUUGUAUACAGUCUCAGGUAGCUGAUAGCUGCAAAGCUCCAAGACUGGUAACUCAGUUCCAUUUUACAAGCUGGCCUGACUUUGGUGUGCCUUUCACUCCAAUUGGUAUGCUAAAAUUCCUUAAAAAGGUCAGAACUAUGAAUCCUUCCUUCGUUGGACCAAUCGUUGUUCACUGCAGUGCUGGUGUCGGUCGUACAGGGACAUUUAUCGUUAUCGAUGCCAUGAUAGAUAUGAUGGAUGCUGAGCGGCGAGUUGAUACCUUUGGGUUCGUUUCCAGAAUACGUAAUCAGCGUUCCCAGAUGGUUCAGACUGAUAUGCAGUACUCUUUCAUCUAUCAGGCCUUGCUGGAACACUAUCUCUAUGGUGAUACUGAACUUGAUGUAUGUUCCCUUGAGAAGCACCUACAAAAACUACACUGUUCAACAUCCUACAUGGACAGAAUAGGCUUAGAAGAGGAAUUCAGGAAACUAACAAAUGUUCGAAUAAUGAAGGAGAAUAUGAGAAGUGGUAACUUACCAGCAAACAUGAAGAAAGCCAGGGUCAUUCAGAUCAUUCCAUAUGAUUUUAAUAGAGUAAUUCUACCUAUGAAGAGGGGUCAAGAGCACACAGACUAUGUCAAUGCCUCUUUUAUUGAUGGCUAUCGCCAAAAGGAUUAUUUUAUUGCCACCCAGGGUCCUUUACCACACACACUAGAAGAUUUUUGGAGGAUGAUUUGGGAAUGGAAGUCGCAUACAGUUGUCAUGCUGACAGAACUACUAGAAAGGGAGCAGGAAAAAUGCUGCCAGUAUUGGUCAACAGGGGGCUCUGUUACCUAUGGAGACGUCACAAUUGAAAUAAAGAAUGAAAGCACAUGCGAUGCAAUUAGCAUUAGAGAUUUUGCACUUGUCCAUAGUCUGGAGAAGCAGACAAGGCUAAUCCGGCAGUUCCAUUUUCAUGGCUGGCCUGAAAUAGGGAUUCCAGCAGAAGGGAAAGGAAUGAUUGAUCUCAUAGCCGCAGUCCAGAAACAGCAGCAGCAGUCCGGAAACCAUCCAAUUGUUGUGCACUGCAGUGCUGGAGCUGGAAGAACAGGCACCUUCAUUGCACUUAGUAACAUUCUGGAACGAGUCAAAGCAGAAGGGCUUCUAGAUGUAUUUCAAACAGUAAAAAGUUUACGGAUGCAAAGGCCGCAUAUGGUGCAAACACUGGAACAGUAUGAAUUUUGCUACAGAGUGGUACAAGACUUCGUCGACACAUAUUCUGACUAUGCCAACUUUAAAUGAAGAUUCACAUAUUAUAUGUUAAAUAAUUUAAGUGGCCAUCUUCAGUUUUUGUAAAUUAUCCUAUUAAUUUAUUUUAUACAUUGCUAUUAUUUACUGGUGUUUAAUUUUACUAAUAGCUAAGAACAAAUAUGAUUUUCUGCUAUUUCAAAGCUAUCACAAGCAUAGCCUACUGUACAAAGGCAAACUGUGUUACUAGUUGUACAUAUAAUAUAAAUUAAGUUGAAAUAUUUUUGAUGGUUGUUUGAACUAUUAUAUACACUGGCACAUUUUGUUAUAUAUACAAUAUUAAUAUCAAGCCUGUCACUUCUUUGUACUGUAAUGAAUACAGCAGAUGCCAUUGAGUUCUUAGCAGAGAUCUAGCAUUGGGGUUCUAAUAGAUAAAGGGAAUAUAUUCUGACAAAUUUGAUUAUAGUAUUCACCAAAGUGCAGUGCUCUGUGAUAUUACCUCAUUAGUAAUUUAUCUAUAGUAUAUUAUGGUUUAAAAGCACCUUCCAAGGAAACAUUUUUUAUAAGAGGAUGACUUUGCACCCCUCAGUCAUACCUCAUGCUGCAAUGUCAGUAAAGUGCAAAAAUUGUACAGAAAUAUUUCAAAAUAUAGUGAAACAUAUCAUUAUCUUUUGCGUUACUGAGUAUAGACCUGUAUAACAUUCGAAUGUGGUGACGCAUCAGUUCCACAUAUCAAAAACCCAAUCUUGUAAAUGAUUACCUAUUCCAGAUUGUUGAAAACUUUUGUUCUUUUAGUAACAUCCCUUUACCAUCAUGUUACAAAAUAUAGUCUUCCCCUAACCAGAUCAUUUGUGAUGGUAAAUUUACAGCAGACAGUCAUGCUGGUAUUAAAGAGGGACAGGUUUAAGUUUUCAGUAACUUUUCAACCUGCUGCUGCUUAGCAUAUAAUGAAUUGGCCAGUAUGCUGUAGGGAAUAAGUGAUAAACUUCCAUUUAUCAUAUAGCUGAUAAUAUUACUUUAGCAAUUUUUGUAGUGCUCAACCUCUUAUAAGAACUGAGAUACUUCAUAGUAUUUGAAGGAUAUCUUUUAAGAUCAACACAUUCAUUCUUAGUUUUUCUUUGCAUGGCUAUUUUACUCUCUGUGUUUCACCUCCUUUAACUAAUUCAGAGUUAAUUCUUUCUUGUUGUUUUUUUUAAGUUAAUUUGACCACUAUUUAAUUCAAUAGAUUAAUGUUGCCUGGCAGGGUGCUUAAGCCUAAAAGAUUCUCAAACAUAAUGUUGGUUAACUUGUUCAGCAGUAUUUUGAAUGAUUAAGAACAGUACUUUUUUGAGAGAAACUUUCCAUUUUAUGACAGUUGCCUAUUAUUAUCCAUUAUUUGAGCUGGUUUAUAUUCUCCUAAUAUCUAUAAAAAGCAGGAUUUGUGAAAAGUACAGCUCUUUUUAUGUACAAACUGAAUGUAAUAGGCAAUUGACUUGUCCUAAUUUGAGACAGUUUGUUAAUCAGACAAGCUGGAUAGGUCUGCAUUCCUAUUUCUGUAAUUUCCUAUCCUCCUUAGACAAGAACUAAGGUACUAUUUUCUAGGAUAGAUAAAGAUAACCAGAGAUAUUCUGUAAUUUUUCACAAAGUUCCAUUUUUUAUACAGUUUUGAGAAAAAUUACAGAUGCAGUGGUAAUUUUUACAAAGAAGAAUCUGUGUCUAGACAAGCCAAAAGAAAAAAAUGUCCUUAGAAAUUAGCCGUUUGUAUGAUGACAUUGAGGUACUCUAUGGUUUUAUGUUAAUGUGUAGUAAUAUUUCUCCUGAAGGAAGUAUAACAGCUCCCUAAGAAAUAGCAUUAUUGAAUCGUAACACACUUACCAGUGAUUUUUUUGCUUAAAUGCUAGCCAUAUAAACUUUGUCAUCUUUGACAUAAUGACUAAAAAUAUAUCAGAACUAUCUGAUAGCUGUCACCAUUGUUACUAAUGUAUGCAGUGUUCACAUACUCUGCCUGUUGAAUGUAUUGAUAUUGGAACUAUUUAGUUUCAGUAACAUAUAUCCCAUAAAAGUAGUGUUUUCUUCUACAUACUUAAAACACUAUUUUCCCUGGACCCCCCCCUUUCAUCAACCAUGUGCCUUCUGAUUAUAGUUAUAAAACACCAAGUACGCCACGCCUUGAAGUACAGAAUAUAUUUUACACAUCUCAAAUUUAAAGAGACAUUUUUGUUGAGAUGACUCUUUCAUCUACUUUCAAACUUCAUUCACCUUGAUUCACAGCCAGAUUGGUUGUGAUUCAGUGAACUGUCUGUGAAGCUGUAUUCUUUACCAGUUCUUAUUUGGCAGGUUGAGUGAAUUUCUUAAGUUUUACUUUUAUUAUAGAAUCAGUUUUUAGUUUCUGCAUACACAGUUUGUUAAAACAGUGUACAGUGCUUCAUGGCUGUAACUUAUGUAUUGUAAGCACAUGGACUGGUAUGUACUGCCAUUCAGGUCUUUAGUUAACUUCAUAAGGGAAGAAGUCAAAAAUACUAUUUCUGCUUUAAAAGACAUACAAACUUUUUGAGAAAGCCAAAAUGUGUAUCAGAUCUUAGACUGUGGUAAUGUCAAGUCAGAGACCUGUUUAUGUAAAUUAUAGUGCACAGACAUUUAUCAUGAAACAUAAAUCAUGUUUUUGUUGGUGUUGCUUCAAGAGGAAUCGACCUAUGUCGUUCCCAAUUAGAAGUUAGUCCUCUAUCAUAUUUGCCUAAUUGAAUCACCUUUCAAAUUCAGAUAAUUCCAGUAUGGAGUUAAUUAAAACUGGCAGUCAUUUUUGCUUAUUGUCUUCCUAGUAAAAAGCACUUGAUGUAUUUGUAAUAACUAUGUCUGUUUUUGUACAUAGUUUAUUAAAGAAGUACAACAGAAAAAAAAUUAUUUGUGAAGGUUAAAGGAAUCUUGAUCUCAUAGUCAUAUUUUAGAGUGUUUUUUUUUUCCUUUAAAAUAAUUAUAAUAAUUCUUAAAAAGCAUGAAAAAAAUGCAUUUACAUGCUAAACAUUGAUUAGAAAACAAUUUCUGAUCUGUCUGCAUUUAAACUAGUCACUGAGUGACUGUUGCCAUCUGUUUACAUUUGUUUAUCUUAAUGAACACUUCACAGAAUUUUAACUUGUGUAGGUAGCUAUUUUUAUGUAUUAUAUUGUUUUUAAAUUUUAAAGUUAAGCCUGAUAAAUGUACUUCAGAUAUUUUUGGAUGUUGUCAUGGACCAAGUAUCGAAGACAAUAUUUCUAUCUUAAAUCAAAUUAAAUUGCAUUAAUUUUUACAAGCACUUUGCCUGUUUAAUAAUGUUGUGUUUAUAUCAAGGGCUGUCUAAAAUGAUUACAGACUUGUAGUUUGCUGUUCUUUUGUUUAUUAUUUCAAGUGAAUCUUUUAUCCAUUCACUUACUCUUUGUAUAUGUGAACGGCAAGAUGUAAUAUAUUCCAUAGCAAAAGAGGAUGUCUUGUAUGAUAUACAUUUUAUUAUUUCUGUUUCUUUUAAGAAUAAUAUAUUUUCUGAUAAAUUGUUCCACAAAGUAUUUCAUAUGACAUUAAAGAAAGCAGAAAUUCCUCA